GAUUGGAAGAAGGGCUUCGUGCAACCUAUUGAAGUUCGUUCCUUCUAAGUUUAGGUUUCAUUAAGGAUGGCUUCUGUUAGUGUGGCGCCAUUAUCAGGAAUGAAAAAUGCCAGUAGUAAUACUUUUGGCAUGGAUAGAUUACCUGAUGAGAUAAAUGACUUGAAGAUAAGGGAUGAUAAGGAUGUUGAAGUAACAGUUGUUGAUGGAAAUGGUACUGAAACUGGACAUAUAAUUGUGACUACUAUUGGCGGUAGGAAUGGUCAGCCAAAGCAGACUAUAAGCUAUAUGGCAGAGUGUAUAGUGGGAAAUGGAUCCUUUGGAAUAGUUUUUCAGGCAAAAUGCUUGGAGACUGGUGAAACAGUUGCAAUAAAGAAAGUUCUUCAGGACAAAAAGUAUAAGAAUCGUGAGCUACAAACCAUGCAUCUUCUUGACCACCCAGAUGUUGUCUGUUUGAAGCACUGCUUCUUUUCAACGACUGAGAAGGAUGAACUAUAUCUUAACCUGGUGCUUGAGUUGUUAGAACUAAAAAAAUCACAUUCAAUUUUGAGAGAAAUAAACCAUAGAUUAGCGGAAGCAACCCGGAGUCCAUUAGAUCGAUUGCAUAAGGUACGAUCUUCCAAUCUACAGAUUUUCUACAGUUUCCUUAGUUUCUUAUUGAUGGGGUGCAAGAAAAGGGAUGUGUCUCUCUGCAAAUAG